AUGAGUAUAGACGGAACGCCCAAAGUGAACGGACCACAAACCGAUCAAACAUUUUUUGGAAAACAUGAGCCACUCUUCAAUCAUUGUGAAAUGCGCACAACCUCCACAUCCUCGGAAAGGAAGCCGGAUUACUGUAGUGAACAGCCAUGCAGCUCGAAUGUGGAUUUGGCUAAAACAAAAGAUUUGGCGACACCUAAUAAUAAUAGUUUUGGUAUACCUAGAAUGACGAAUGGCCAUAGAAAACCAAAACCUGAAGGGGUGAAAUUAAUUAGUGUAGAUUCACCUGGCUUCUCAGCUUCAAUGUUUCAAUUUUCUCCAAUGGUGGAACAUUUGUUACAAACACUUACGGACAAGGGGAGUUCAACAGGAUUACCCGAGCUGCAGGUGGAAGAAAAACCACCCGUUUUCAAACAAGAAUCUUUAGAUUCUAUUAAGCUCCCACCAGCACGGCGGUACACAAACGUGCUACAUGUUUCAAUGCUGCCUAGAAAGACCAGUGAGCCAUCCCACGUCGGAUCCACACUCCAAAACGAGCAACCGUCCACAACUAUUCCAAGAGUGACACGAACCAAUGCAUCGAGCAGUUUGAGAUCUUUGGAGCAUUCAUCAAUCUUUUCAAUUCCAGAGGAUCCAUAUAUGAACUCAAGCUACUCGUCUCAUACUUCAUUCUCGUCAGUUAUUGGAAUUAGGGGAUUUGAUUUGAAUUUUGUAUUAAUUUUAGAGACAGCAGCAGCUUGGCACACUUUGAACCAAAAUCUGAGCCAAUGGAUGAUUACGGCAACAGUUAUAACUCUGGCUAACAAGAUGCCACUCCAGGACAAACCCUACACGUGCCCACGUGACGGAUGUGACAGACGGUUUUCGAGAAGCGAUGAGCUCGCAAGACACAUCAGAAUUCACACCGGACAAAAACCAUUCCAGUGUCGAAUCUGCAUGCGUACUUUCUCUCGAUCCGAUCAUCUCACAACUCAUGUGAGAACUCACACUGGAGAGAAACCAUUCUCGUGUGACAUCUGUGGCCGCAAGUUCGCUAGAAGUGAUGAACGAAGAAGACACACUAAAGGACUUAACAAGAACAAGCUCGACAAAAUGAAACCACACUUCGAGUGA